UAUAAACGAAAAACGUCAUGUAAUUUUAGAUUCAUGAUUUAAUGUUUUCAUGUAAAUUUUGACUUCAUUUCAAUGUUUUAUGUCGAUUUUGAAUUUCAAAUAGGUGCAUAGCGUAAACAAAUUCUUAUUAUGCCACGAGAAAAGAGUCGAUAUCGGGAAAAACGUAGUUCGUCCUGCAGUUCUGAAGAAUCAUAUGAAAGAAAAAAAACUAAAUCCAAACAUAAAAGACGUUCACGUACACGAGAUCGUUCGGAGUCUAGCAGUCAUAGAAGAAAGCGUUCGACUUCACGAUCAAAAUACAAACGCCGAAGCUAUUCCCGUAGUGUUUCGAAGGAGCGUUACGAGACAAAGUCUAGGAGACGAUCUUCGUCUCGAUCCAAAGCGAAACGCUCGAAACGAUCUCUGUCUAGAGACUAUUCCCGCUCAAGAUCAAGUUCUCGGAGUAGAUCUAAAUAUAGCAAAAGUAGUAAAAAACAUAAGAGAUCACUGUCAUCAAGCAGUCGAAGCUCUUAUGAAUCAGAUCACCAAGUAACCUCAAGAAGACCAAACCUAGAUGAUACAGAGAUAAAAGUAGAAAAGGCAAUCAAAGCAGCAGAAGCAGUUGGUUUGACCAUGACAAAGAUACCAAAUUAUGACUAUAAAGAUAUAGAAAUUAAAGAGGACAUGCCAACAAUACAUGAUAGAAAUUUAAUAGCGGAAUUAAACAGUGAUAGUUUUGUUCCAAAGUCAUUUUCAUCAUCGAGAAAUAAAAAGCAAUCCCAGAACAUUGUAAUAGAUUUGAAUUCAGAAACGGUUAAAGUCCCAGAAUUGGAUAUUAAAUUGAACAAUGACGAUUCAAUUAUAAAUUUUGAUGAAAUACCAAGUGAAGAAGAGCGUAAAGAAAUGUGGGUGAAAAAACUUUACCAGUAUAGGAAAAAAAUGCUUAAAGGCGAAAUUUAGAGUUCAAGAUUAUGUGUAUUUUACAUAAAAUAUGUAAAAUACUCUUUUUGUCAGUUAUGCAUUUUAAAACUCAAGUGGGGUAAAAAAUUACAAACAAUAUUUAAUAAAUAAAUUAUAUUUUUGGUUUAUGUUUU